AUGUGUUCCCCUAUUUGCCCUUCUGCAAGACCCCAAACAAUCCCAUCUUCAUCACUUUCUCUCAAAAGAACAAUAUUUUUCACCGGGUUAUGUGGACUUGUUUUUGGGGUUUCUUUGUCUUGGUCAGAGUAUCACAGAGAAAACAGGAAAGCCAGAAGAACCUUCUUACCUCCCUUCUAUCUCUCUUUCCCUCUUUCCUUUAUCUCAUUUCUUCUAGUUCUGUCUUGUUGGGUGCUUCUUUCCCUCUCUGCCUUCUCUUUCAUCUUGUUCCAUAACCUUACCGAACAUCCUCCUUGUCGUUAA